CCUCUUCUUCUCCAGCUAUUGGUGCUUCUGGCCGCUCGGCUCCACCCCAGCCCGCCAUGGCGUCAGCCGCCGCAACCCGGGGGAGGAGGUUCCCACUUUAAGAAGUGAAGUUUUCCUCCCCCCUCCCCCUCCUACCCACCUCCUGCCGCCUCCCGCGCCCCGCGGGGCCGCGGAUGGAGCUCCGCCGUGGCGGCGUGGGGAGCCAAGCUGUGGGCCGGAGGAUGGAUGGGGACUGCCGCGAUGGCGGCUGCGGCAGCAAGGACGCCCGGUCGGAGGACUACGAGAACCUACCGACCAGCGCCUCGGUGUCCACCCACAUGACAGCGGGAGCGAUGGCCGGGAUUCUGGAGCACUCCAUCAUGUACCCGGUGGACUCCGUGAAGACCCGGAUGCAGAGCUUGAAUCCAGAUCCCAAAGCCCGGUAUACAAGCAUCUAUGGCGCCCUCAAGAGGAUCAUGCACACUGAAGGCUUCUGGAGGCCCCUGCGGGGCCUGAACGUGAUGAUGAUGGGUGCGGGGCCCGCGCACGCCAUGUAUUUUGCCUGCUAUGAAAACAUGAAAAGGACUUUAAAUGACGUUUUCAGCCACCAAGGAAACAGCCAUCUAGCUAAUGGGGUAGCUGGGAGUAUGGCCACCCUACUCCACGAUGCAGUAAUGAAUCCAGCAGAAGUGGUGAAACAACGCUUACAGAUGUACAACUCCCAGCACCAGUCAGCCUUCAGUUGUAUCCGGACAGUGUGGCGGACCGAGGGGUUGGGGGCCUUCUACAGGAGUUAUACCACACAGCUGACCAUGAACAUCCCCUUCCAGUCAAUCCACUUCAUCACCUAUGAGUUUCUGCAGGAACAAGUCAACCCUCACCGGGACUACAACCCACAGUCUCACAUCAUCUCAGGAGGCCUGGCCGGGGCACUGGCUGCAGCUGCCACCACCCCGCUGGACGUCUGCAAGACCCUCCUCAACACGCAGGAGAACAUGGCACUCUCCCUGGCCAACGUCAGCGGGCGGCUGUCGGGCAUGGCCAAUGCCUUCCGGACGGUAUACCAGCUCAAUGGCCUUGCUGGCUACUUCAAAGGCAUCCAGGCUCGAGUCAUCUACCAGAUGCCCUCCACCGCCAUCUCCUGGUCCGUUUAUGAGUUCUUCAAGUACAUCCUUACGAAGAGGCAGCUGGAGAAUCGAACUCUGUACUAAAGGAACGGGGCAGUGGGAAGUGGUUCCGGCAUCUUUUGUUUCAGUUUCAUCCUCUUGUUCUCGCACCCAGGGCUUGUCCUGAAGGGUGCUUGCACCAGACCCUUUGUUCCCUGGUGCCGUAGAAAGGGAGGACCGGCCUCCGCUGACUAGCAUGCUGUCUGUGGGGACAUCCGAGGUGGUGGUAGGCGGGAGAAACUCUGGGAAAUGGAGAAGUUGCUUUUCUCCUCCUUCCACCAGAGGAAUGUAGCUUUUUCUCCUCCUUCUGCCAGAGGAAUGUAGCUUUUCUGCCUCACUGUGGCCUUCUCCCUAGAUCUUUAGAUCACACCGCAGAGGCAAACAGUGACACAGUAAAGAAAAAGUUUAUGUACAUAAAAGUACCAUUACCCAGUCUGAAAUAGGUGGAUAAUGUUUAUCCUUUAUUUUUCUACAUAGAGAUUUUUGAAAUUGUGUGUGCUUGUGUGUGUCCAUAAUAAUAUUUGGGUUGGGAAUGAUGGACCUGUUUCUUUCUUUUUUUUUUUUUAAAUAAGAGUUCAAUUCUUCCAUCAUGAGAAGUAAAACAAACAGCAGCAACAACAAAAAACAAGGGAAAAAAAAAGGCACCAAAGUAAUAAAUGGCUUUGUGACCUGAAAUUGUGUGUAGCGCCCCUCCCAUGGGAGUUUAACUUGAAUGUAAAAUAAUAAAUACAAAGUUUAUAUUUUGAAUUUCUCUUUUCAUGGG